AUGCUAGGUAGCAAUCUUAGUGAUGACAAUAGGAGGCAUUGGAUGGAAAUCCUCAAAGUGAAGAACGUGUUUGGUUGGCGUUGUCCGUCGAUUGAGAUUCAAAAAGAUCUUAUAUUUCAAGAACUGAUUAAUGAAAAUCAAUAUCAAUGGGUGGAUCACGGAUUUCUUAGGAUUGUAUUUAUCAUCGAUAGUUUUGUCAAAGUGGAAAAUGCACUCAUAAAGGCUUCGAAACCAAUGUCUGAUUUUGCUGGAGCAAGAGGUCAAGAGCUUAGUGAUUAUUUUGAGAAUUGGAGAGACUUCAAGGAUCAUUUCUUCUUGGGGUACCCUUGGACUCUGGAGGCCCACUUCUCCUUCUUUAAAACCUUAGGGGAAAAGUCUAUGAUGACCAAUCACUGUUGGGUUCCUUUAAGUCGGGAUCAAACUUCUUCCUCUAUGCCAGAUAAAGGGCAUGAUGAUCAGGUUUGUACUUCAGCUGGAAACAAUAAUAAAGGUUGUAAUCCAUAA